GAUCCUUUGGGCAGGCUUUAGCGACCCCAAUAACGAGGGUUGGCACCAACAAGGGUACGUACGUAAAAAUAGAUCCAAAGUCAAAAUUGGGAUCAUGCCUUCAUGCUUCCUCUUCUCUCCGACAUCGCCUGCUCUUUUCUCUCGCUUGUUUUUGCGAUGCUGCUUGAUCUCGUUAACUAUUCUGCCCGUUCAAAUAAAAUCUAGACCACGACUCCCCCUUCACGACGAUGUUCGCGAAGCUCUUACGUACGAUACCAACGCAUUGUGCUGCUUUGUCUGGCGAAACCGACGUCAAUCUCAAGUCAAGAAGAUCUAACCGACACUGAAAGUUCGAGUCGGCCAUCACGAGGCACGUUUCAACCAGUCAGAAACCGAGGUGAAUAUCAACCUAUGCAUGCCCAUUCUAU